CAUAUAUGUAGUUGUAAACAGAAAUUUUCAAUAAUUUCAUAAAUUAAUUAUAGUAUAAUUAUUUUUGAAAAUGAGCAACCGCAAUCCUAACACACUUAUGAGCAUUCCAGACGAACAGUUUGAUUAUCUAUUCAAAAUAGUAUUAAUUGGUGAUUGCGGAACAGGAAAAACAUGCAUUGUUCAACGUUUGAAGUCUGGGAAUUUUAUAGAAAGUCACGGAAAUACAAUAGGCGUAGAUUUUUCUAUGAAAACGUUAAUAGUAGACGGGAAGAAAGUCAAGCUUCAGAUAUGGGAUACUGCAGGACAAGAAAGAUUCAGGACAAUCACACAGAGCUAUUAUCGUUCUGCUAAUGGAGUAAUAGUAGUGUAUGACAUAACAAAAAGAUCAACAUUUCUAUCACUUCAAAAAUGGAUAGAAGAGGUUAGAAGGUAUACAUCCUCCAAUGUUAUUGUUUCAUUGAUUGGCAACAAGUGUGACCUAACAGAACAAAGAGAAGUGGAGCCGGAUGAACCAAAAUCUUUCUGCCGCUAUGUUCCAGAGAUAAUGUUUGUAAUGGAGACAUCAGCUAAAGACAAUACCAAUGUUGAAGACACAUUCCGUAGUUUGGCUACAGAAUUAAAGAGACAACAUGACAACAGUGAAGGACCACCAAUUGAAUCAGACUCUGUAGUCCUAGGAGAAAGUCACUCUGUGAGUAGAUGUCAACCAUGCCGUUCGUCUUAAAUUAGUACUAAUAAUACCUCACUUGCCAUUAUAGGUAUACAUAAUUAUGUUUAGUUUAUAAUUUUUUCAAAUUGUACUUUAUACAGUGCUACAAGUACAGGAAUAGAUUUAAAUCGAUGCAGCAACACAUCCAAUUUUUCAUGUCACAGAAGUGGGGUGACGAGAAAAGCGAAUAAAAUAGGUAAAAUACACUUUACCAUAUCAAAAUUUAAAAAAAUGCUUCUGGCAGUAUGGCGAAGCACCUCGCGGCGCAUCAACGUCUGGUACCGAUGUAACACUGACAGUAUAAUCUACCUCUAACCUUUUGAAAUAGGAAUAAUGUACUUAUAUUGACACUCAACGAAUGGAAAUAUUUGUUUGAAAUACGGGGAUGUCUUUGCUCGGCGGGGGAGUAUUAAAGGGGGACGUAUGGUUGAUAAUGUAUAGCAGAUCUCAUGUAGAGGUAACACUUGCAUCUAUUUCUAUCUACGUCUGUGGCAACAAGUAUAAGUUGACGAUUUGCGGCUCACGAGUUGCGUAUAUUGGACUCUAUGGAAGUAUGUUAUAUAUAUUAUGUAUUAUGUUAUAUUAUAAAUAUAUCCACUAUCAAUACAACAGGGCUCCUG